AUGGUUGCACCGGUCACCAGGCAAGUGUUUUACAGGGAAGCGCUUUCAUAUGCCAUCGUCAACCUCAAACCUAUCGUACCGGGCCAUGUGCUUGUGAUCCCGACGCGGGUCGUCCCUAGACUAGCCGACCUCUCUGGACCUGAGUUGAGCUCCCUCAUCACAUCCGUUCAAACCGUAGGCAACGUGAUCGAGAAAGCAUACGGAGGUGACGCCCUCACCGUGGCAUGUCAGGACGGAAAGGCUGCGGGACAAUCAAUACCUCAUGUCCAUUUCCAUAUCCUGCCCCGGAAAUUUAGGGGUGAUUUUUUCUCGCAGCGGAUGGACGAUAUAUACCCUGCCUUAGAGAAAUCUGAGGCGUCCCUACCCAGAAGUUUCCUAGAGUCAAGGGGUGCAUCAGACCAUCAACACGAACCACUCAGAGUCGAUGCCGAUGAGAGCCGACCACCACGAACUUUGGAGGAAAUGGAGAAGGAAGCUACUUGGCUUAGGACUUUGUUUGCCCGACAUCAACCGAACGAGUGA